AUGCGCGACAAGAUGCCCGCGACCGCGACGGGUGGCACAGGCACAAAAACAGUGUCUGCGGAAAUCAAAUACGCACACCAAGUCGAGAAACUAUCGCUGGCACCGCCACCACCAGGCGACGACAGCGCCAGCGAUAGCGAUAGAGCCGGCGUCGCUGUUCAAGCUCAUCUUGUAACGCCACAAGAUGCCAUUGUUGUCACAGGCGAUGGCGGGCGAUUACCCGCCAUACCUCUCGCAGAAGCGGCGAAGCUCAAUCGACUGAAAGCCGUAGUAGAUGGCGACCCGGCAGGAAUCGCACAAGCAGGACUAUUAUCAGAAAGAUCAGAAUCAGAUAAUGGGCGGUCGGAUUCGCACAACAGGGAGACAAUCCAGAGGACUGGCGAGGGUUCUCUGCGGGAGGCUAUGCCCCCUUCCAGGACGAAUCCUUUAUUCCCGCCUCUACCUCUCUAUGGCCCGUCGUCGAUGAAAAGGGAUUUGCAAUGCAUGGUAUUCCGAAUCUCAUCGUUCUUUCUAUCGGGGGCCUUUCUCGGAGCCAUUGUCUUGGGGGCCGCGGUGACGAGUCUGAAGCCUAUGCUCAUUCAUAUCUGGCUGCGUCUUACGUUGCGGGAUCCGGACGCCAGACGACCGUUCCAUCUAGAGGAAAAGAAAUUGAAGGAGCUGAGGAAGGAUGAGGAUAAUGCUUGGAAGAAGAAGAAGAAGAAGAAGAAGCUGCGAGCGCGGAAAACUGUUACAGCAAAACUGGACGACGACGACAACGACGAUGGGGAGGACGAAGCUGGAUCCGAAGAGUUUAUCCCUACAGAAGGUGGUCCAGAUCCUCUAGUAUGUGAUGUUGGAUACUACGCGCGUCGAGUUGGGCUAGAUAUGGAAACAUUUAAAGUCCAGACGGAGGAUGGCUUCAUCAUCGACCUUUGGCAUAUCUACAACCCUCUCGAGUUCACCCCAAAGUCACCAAGCGAGCGCGCAGCACGAGGCCCUGACAUCUUCACCAAAGCUGAUUCUUCCCGUCCAGCAAGCUCUCGAAAACCCAAAUUUCCCAUCUUGAUGAUCCACGGGCUCCUCCAGUCUUCGGGAGCAUACUGUACCAAUGACGACCGCUCUCUGGCCUUCUACCUCUGCAAAUCCGGCUACGACGUCUGGCUUGGUAAUAACCGCUGCGGAUUUAACCCCAAUCACACCCUUCUCACCUACAGCGAUCCACGCAUGUGGGCGUGGAACAUCAGACAGAUGGGCGUCAUGGACCUCCCAGCCUUAACCUCCCGCGUCCUUUCGGAAACGGGUUUCCAGAAGCUAGGCCUGAUCGCCCACUCCCAGGGCACAACGCAGACGCUCGUCGCCCUCGCCAAAGAACAGCGCCCUGAGCUCGGCGACAAACUCACCGUCUUCUGCGCGCUCGCUCCAGCAGCAUACGCCGGCCCACUGAUCGGAAAAGCGUACUUCAAGUUCAUGCGUAAGAUCUCGCCCGCUUUCUUCCGCCUCAUAUUCGGCAUCCACGCCUUCAUCCCGCUGAUGAUGAUAAUGCACACGCUCAUCCCCGGGAAACUGUACGGCGCCAUGGGAUACGUGGUCUUCCACUUCCUGUUCAACUGGUCUGAUACCCGCUGGGACCGCGGGCUGCGGAACCGCCUAUUCCAGUUUGCGCCCGUGUAUGUGAGCGCGGAAAGUAUGCGUUGGUGGCUUGGGCGUGAGUGCUUCGCGAGACAGAAGUGCAUUCUUGCUACGCGCGAGGAAAUUCAUGCGGAAGACUCCGAGGACGAGAUGGAGGACUACUACAAGAGGUCUGAACAGCAAGAUAAAUCGAACGGCCUAUACGUCCGGGAAUCGCAUUUCCACCGAAUCGCCGAGGUCAAGAAGAAGCACGAACGGAAACCUAAGGGAAGCACGGCGUGGUAUAACGAGCAAGUGCCGCCCUUCGCGUUAUGGGUUACUGGCUCGGACGAUUUAGUCGAUGGUAGACGCCUAUUGAAACGAUUCGAGAGGGGGCGAGAGCCACAUGUGCGAAUCGUGCAUUCGCAUAUCAUCGAGGAGUACGAGCACCUAGACGUCAUCUGGGCGAUGGACUGCAUUGAGAAAGUCGGCUGCGAACUCAAAGAGGUGUUGUGGAAAACGUGCGACGUGAGGGAUCAAGUGCGUAUCCCGAUGGGGUGCGAAAAUAUCGCGGCAUGGAAAGAUCCGAAGCUUGAUGGAACGGUCGCCGAGCGCAUGGGGGGUGCUGAUGGGGCGAGUGAGGGGAAAGAAAAGGAGGGAGAGGGAGAGGAGGAGGGUCAGAGUAGUAGCGAAAGUUUCUCGAGUGCAGAGUUAUAG